AUGAUAGCAGCAGCAACACAGCAGCAGCAGCAGCAGCAGCAGCAGCAGCAGCAGGAGGAGGUGCAGCAAAAGCAGCAGCAGGAGGAAAGACAGCAGCAGCAGAUAAAAAAAAAAAGAAAACAGAAAAAGAACAAAAAGAGACAAAAACAAACGCAAAAAAAUACUCAAAUGUAUCAACUAGAAACAGCAGCAACAUACUGCAGCAGCAGCAGCAGCAGCAGCAGCAGCAGCAGCAGCAGCAGCAAACCCCAUUCAACCCCAACGACCCCACCACCGCCACAACCAGCAGCAGCAGCAGCAGCAGCAGCAGAGCAGGAGGAGGCCUUUCUGGAUCACCAGCAGCAGCAGCAGCAGCAGCAGGCGCUGCUGCUGCUGCUGCUGCUGAGAUAG